CCCUCAAUCGCGACCCCCGCGCCCACGACGCAUCACCAUUCCCACAAUCGGCGGGUGGCCUCUAUUAACCGUGGCCUCUAUUAACCUACUAUGACCGUCGCCGCCACCCGGGCACGGAGUCAACAGUCCACGCCCUCGGUCCAAUCCACCUCCUCAAACACGAGCGUCCACGUCUCGGCUAUCAACCGUAGAAGCGGAAUGGAUCACGCCGCAGAACCCGGUGAUUAUUACGGCAGAUGGGGGGAGGUUGCCUGGGGUGCCGUUGGCGGAGGCGCAUAAGUUGGAUCAGUUGAAGGAUGAGGUUGAUGUUGGGAUGGGGAAGGGGGUGGUGGAGGGUGAGUUGGAGGGUGAGGUGGAGGGUGAGGUGGAGGGUGAGGUGGAGGGUGAGGUGGAGGGUGAGGUGGAGGAGGUCUCUGAUGAGAAUGGGGAGGGGGUGGGCGGGUCAGCGUCGCCGGCGAAUGGAUCACCAAGUCAGGUGAAGGGGUCGGUUCAGAGGUCAGGGGAGGGGUCGUUAACGAAAGCUAUGCCGCCGAGUCGGACGAAUUCUUUGUUCCCGCCGCUGCCGCUGUAUGGGCCCCCUUCGCUGUUACGGAAUGCCCAAUGCGCCGUCUUCAGAUGCACGUCUGCGGUUCUUUCUCUAGUGUUUCUAGGCGUCAUCGUCUUGGGCUCAGCGUUUACAAGCAUACCCCUGAUGUUCAACCACAUAUGGAUCCGUCUCAAGCUCCAAAACCCCAACAAACGCCGUCCCUUCUACGAGGAAGAACAACGCCGCUCAAUCCUCCGAAAGGAAGGAGAGCAAGAAUGGAGAAAGAAGAAAGCCCGCCGGCAAAGCAAUACAGUUCGCGACGACAACGAAGCCGACGCCGGCCAAAACAACGGCUUCACCCCCACCGAAGGCGGCCCCGACCCGCUCAUCUGCGACGUAGCCUACUACGCGCGCCGCGUCGGUCUGGACAUGGAAGAAUUCAAAGUCCAAACCGAAGACGGCUUCCUCAUCGACCUCUGGCACAUCUACGACCCCAGCGAAUACACCCCCCUCCCCCCCGCCUCCCGCUCCCCCCUCGGACCCUCCGCCUUCCCCACCUCCUCCUCUCCCCCCGGCCCGGACCCAGAGACAAAGAAAAAGCCCAAAUACCCCAUCCUAAUGAUCCACGGCCUCCUCCAGUCCGCCGGCGCCUACUGCACCAACGACGACGCAUCCCUCGCCUUCUACCUCUGCAAAUCCGGUUACGACGUCUGGCUCGGCAACAACCGCUGCGGUUUCUCCCCGCAACACACGCUCCUCUCCUACUCCGAUCCGCGGAUGUGGGCGUGGAAUAUCCGGCAAAUGGGCGUACUCGACCUCCCCGCCCUGAUCGCACGCGUCCUCUCCGCUACUGGCGCGCCGAAGUUGGGAUUAGUAGCGCACUCCCAGGGCACGACGCAGACGCUCGUUGCGUUGGCGAAAGAGCAGAGGCCGGAUUUGGGGGAGCGGAUUAGUGUCUUUUGUGCGCUUGCGCCAGCGGCGUAUGCGGGGCCGUUGAUUAAGAAGAUGUAUUUCAAGUUCAUGCGGCUUAUUUCGCCAGGGGCGUUUAGGGUGUUCUUCGGGAUCCACGCGUUUAUCCCGUUUAUGAUGACGAUGCACUCACUCCUCCCGGGGAAGCUGUAUGGUGCGCUCGGGUACCGCGUGUUUAGCUUCUUGUUCGGGUGGUCGGAUGAUAGGUGGGAUAGGGGGUUGAGGGAUCGCAUGUUCCAGUUUAGUCCGGUGUAUGUGUCUGCUGAGUUGAUGAGGUGGUGGUUGGGCAGGGACUGCUUUGCGAAGCAGAAGUGUAUUUUGCAGACGAGAGAGGAGUGGAGGGAGGAGGAUACGCAGUAUAAAGUGGAGGAGGAGAAGCGCUCGUCUCCCGCUGCUACUGCCGCUGACCCAGAGUCCGGAGUCGAAGAUGUCGAGAGGAGUGAAAGCCACGCCCACAAGGCGUCGACAGCGUGGUAUGACCACCGCGCGCCUCCGUUCGCUCUUUGGGUCGCGGGCUCUGAUCUCCUUGUUGAUGGCCGGCGAUUAUUGCACCGGUUUGCGAGCGGAAGAGAACCGCAUGUUAGGGUUGUGCAUCAGAAGAUUAUAGAGGAGUACGAGCAUCUCGAUGUGAUAUGGGCUGUUGAUGUGGUGGAGCAGGUUGGACGCGAGGUUAAGGAGGUGUUGUGGGCGACGUGUGAGGGGAGGGAGGGGUGGAGAGUGCCGGUGGGGUGUGAGGAGGUUGACGUUUGGGAUGGGGAGGGGGUGGUGGGAAGGGGGAAAGAGAAGGGUGGUGAGGGGAGUGGGAGUCCAGAGGGGAGCGGGAGAGUGAAAUCGACUAAGCUGGACGGGCGAGGGUGA